AUGAAUGAUACAGAUGAUUUUUUAAAUGGUCAAAUAGGGGAUGAUAUAAAUAAUAAUAAUACGAACGAGAUGAUGGAUGACUUUGAUGAUUUAAAUAGUGGUUUAAAUAACAAUCCAGAUAAUGAAGAUAAUAAUAAUAAUGAUGAAAAUGACAAUAAUAAUAACGAAAAAACAAAUGUAGCAAACAAUACAAGAGUAUUAGAAGAAGAACCUGACUUCACACAGGUAAUGUGGAGAGAUCCUGUAUGGCUUCAAAUGUUUCCGUUAAACCAACAUACAGUUUUAACCUAUUUUUCAUAUUCACAGUUUUAUGAUAAAAACUGUAAUAAUGAAACACUUAAAAUGCAAAGAUUAGACCCAGCUGCAUUAAAAACUAUGGAAGGUUUAGAAUAUGAAGUAGCAAAAUUUGUUGAACCCUCCUUUUACCUAAUUGCAAAGCAAAAUAGAAUAUCACCAUCAGAUGUUAUCAUUCAACAACUAUAUUAUGUCAUUAACGGCAAUAUUUAUCAAGCACCUGAUUUACGUCAAGUAUUUACAUCUAGAAUCUCUCAAUCACUAUUUCAUUUAAGCGAAGCAUUUAAUAAAAUAUCAUCAAUAAUAAAUUGGGACAUUAUAAAUGGUUAUUCAUUUAAUUUCGAUCCUUCAAACCAGCAAGAAAAACAAAAACUUUCAACAUAUACCAGAAAACAAAUUGAGGAUACAAAGAGACUAGAUACAUUAAUAGGUUCAUUGUUUAAUAAAUUUCCACCAAUUAAUACACAACCACAAAACCUAAUGUCACCAACACAAACACAACAACUGCAACAGCCACCAUCCCAAUAA